AUGCUGGCCGCCACAUUCAUCAUCCUCACGGCCGUCUGGAGCUGGACGAGUCCUACUGUUGCUCUCUUCGGACCAGCACACGGUCAACCAGGCGACGUGACCGAGAUCUCCCUCGCGGAUUUGGCGCUGUCCAAGGUCCUCCAGGACGCUUCUCCCAUCUUCGGCAACUCUCCCAGCAAUGACACUUGGACCGCAAGGUGGAUGGCGGCAUACAGCGACGACACGCUCCUCGUCCAUAUGAACUUGCCCGGUACACAUGAUGCUGCGACUUGGAACUAUUCAAAGGCCACCCAACAGUCAUUGAAGCCCGUCACCGACCUGAGGAACCUCUCGGAGUCAGAUCCAUCAUUCUACCGAUGUCAAGCGAGCUCAAUGUUUGACAUGCUCGCUGCUGGCAUUCGUGUCUUCGACCUGAGAUAUGCGUACGACGUCACAAGAACCACAUUGGUCUUCUGGCAUGGCAAUGCUCUGCAGUCUGAAACCGCGACCGUGGACGAUGUCAUGUUCGCAUUCUACCACUGGUUAGACAGCCACCGGACCGAGGCCCUAUUCCUCUCCUUCCAACACGAGGGCAGUAAUGAUGAUAGAGCCACCGAGCUCAUGCUCUACAACACCUUGACAUCUCCUGCGGCGCAGAGCCACGUUGUACAAGAGCACGGCGCGUUAGGAACGCUCGGAGAAGCGAGGGGAAAGAUAACCCUCCUUCGCCGCUUCGAUCUCCAUCUCCUCCCUACUUCAUAUGAGAAAUCCAUGCCAGGCCUCCAUUUCUCCCCACAGAACUGGACAGACAAUGGACCCAACAUCACCCUGGUCUAUAAUACUACCUCCCACGCCACCGCGUACAUCGAAGAUUACUAUCAGCCUCUCACGCCUCACGGCUCCAAAGCAGAAGAGAACAUUAGGUGGAAACUCAACGCGACAGAGUCGCACCUUCGCAUGGCCGCGAACAGUCACCCCGACAGCCUGUUCUGGACGUUUGCUUCGAGCACCAACACCGGAAAUCAUCCACCUGAUACUCCCAUAAUACAAGCUCUGGGAGAUGGCGAUUCAAACGGAGUGAAUCAGCAACUGGUUCCUUUUCUGAAGCUCAUGCAAGGCAAGAGAUUGGGAAUUCUCAUGUUUGAUUUCUUCGAAGAGCCAGCAGACCUCUUGUCACUAUAUCUGAGCCUCUUACCACCAGACCAGGCGAGGAAUUAUGGCUCAUGA